GUUGGUCAAGCUGGUGAAAAUGCUGUAAGAAUGGCUAUUGAAGAUGCCGAUGGUGAAUUGGGCUCUGCAACACAUCCUUUGUUACCUGAAUAUCCUACUGGUGGUUUUGCUACUCCAGCAUUAAAUUUACAACGAACUCCAAUGGCUAUGAUAGAUUCUGUGACUAGAGAAGCACAAAAUAUCUUAGCUUUACAACAAGUACAAACUCCACUUAAAGGCGGUGAAAAUACUCCUUUAGUUGGUGAAUCUGAUUUCUCUGGUACAACGCCUCGUUUACCAAAUACUCUAGCAACUCCAAAUGUUUUACUUCCAAGUCAAAUUAUUGGUACAACUCCAUUUCGUACACCGAAUAAUAGCAGCAUAGAAAAUGGUAUAUUGUGUUUUCUUGUCUUUUUUUUCGCCCUGUUAUAA